AUGGCUUCAAGAAUCCCGAAUGAGGUCGACACCGUGAUCGUUGGAAAUGGGCCUUCCGCCCUCAUCCUUUCCUACUUGCUUCAUGGACAUGUCCCAUAUUAUGCCGGAGGGCACUAUGAUGCGAUACUGGAUGCAAAGCUCUCGAAGCGACCCAACCUUCUCCAAUUGAAACCGGACCUAUACCAACAUUUCCAAUCCUCCUUGCGAUACUCCACGCAGGCGCUACCUGUCAACACCCUGCUUGACACACUACUUCGUCCGAAUGCAGAUACGGAAGCCAAUCCCAAACCAUGCCUUGAGUGGCACUACGAGCCUGAGCGCGCGGUCUCUCACAUCGCCUUGGGCAACACAGUGCACGCCGGAGGACAAUGGGCGGAGAACCCGGUCACCGCGAGCUGGGAGAUUGGGACGCUCAGCUAUGCGGAGAUGCUGUCUCUCCCAGGAUACUCUUACUCGGAACACUACGAGGCGACGCAUGGAACAGCAAUGCCUGACUUUGUUAGACCAUCGCGCACGGAAGUCGCGCAAUAUUACACGGCUUAUCCAAAGGUAGUUGGGAUUUCGGAUGCGAUCCACAACGGCGUAAAAGUCGAUCGGAUCUCUCGGACCAAGAAUGGCUUCCUCAUCGGCUCCCACAGCAUCCGCUGUAAACACCUCGUCCUCGCCUCCGGCAUAUUCUCAGUGAACAUCCCGCCGCCGCCUCCGCUAAGCGAUCUUGCACCGCUGGACUCUGCCACAGAGCCGCUGCUGGUCAUAGGCUCUGGCUUCUCUGCCGCAGAUGUCAUCAUUUCCGCGCCUCCGCAUCGAAAGAUCCUGCAUCUCUUCAAGUGGUCGCCAGAUGACAGACCCUCACCGCUGCGCGGAUGUCAUCGCCAAGCGUAUCCGGAGUAUGCAGGCGUAUACCGGCAGAUGAAGUUGGCUGCGACCUCUGGCAAGCGAUCUAAGGUGGCAGUUUCUCCGCUUACGAGGAGGAAGUCGAAUCCGUUCUUUACGCAAAGAGACUGGAGUAGCGUCUACGAGGGUCUGCCGAAUGCCGAGGUACUGGAUAUCGCGGUACACAAUGGCGCAGCAACUGUACAAAUCAAGGUGGAAUCGGGGGAGGUAAUCAAGCGAACGGUGGGUGGAUUGAGGUAUGUGGUUGGUCGUCGAGGUACCUUGGAUUAUCUGGACCACAGCUUGAGAGAAGAGGUGCUCGAACCUCCAUUCGAAGACGUCCGAGGAACAAAUCUAGUCUCAGGACGAACACUGCGAGCAAGAGCAGAGGUCGACCUGGAAGUCGCACCAGACGUGUUCGUCAUCGGAAGCCUAACCGGAGAUUCCUUGGUCCGCCACGCCUUCGGAGGAUGCGUGUACACAGCUGGCAAGAUCAUCGAAGGGCAGGGCGUGAAAGACGGGGACGGGCCAGAGGAAUCGCGCUCGAUGGAGUUGACCUCUUCUUCGCGGUCGCCUUCGCCUAGGACACCGUCCACACUGAGCAGCUCGAGUAGUCCUACGAUUCGCCCGAAUGGGAUUGCGCAUGAGGAUCUGCAUCUUGACCGGAGGAAGGUGUUGCAGGCUGUUGCGAUUGCGGGUGCGGAGAACGAGCUGUGGAAGGAGUCAGGAUGGGGGCUAGGGUUUCGUCUUGCAUGA